GCUGGCGCGGGUCGGGGAGCGAGUGGCCGGCAGCAUGCGCAAGACCCUCUUCGCAUCCCUGCUGCGGCAGGACGUGGCGUUCUUUGAUGCCAACCGGACAGGGCAGCUGGUGAAUCGGCUCACGACCGACAUCCAGGAGUUCAAAUCCUCCUUCAAACUCGUCAUCUCCCAGGGCCUGCGCAGCGUCACGCAGAUUGUGGGCUGCUUCACCUCGCUCUACCUGCUCUCGCCCAAGCUGACUGGGCUCCUGCUGGUGGUGAUGCCCAGCCUGGUGGGCGCCGGCGCCCUGAUUGGCUCCGUCCUGCGCAGCCUAUCCCGCCAGGCCCAGGAACAGGUGGCCAAGGCCACGGGGGUGGCAGACGAGGCGCUGGGAAACGUGCGGACCGUGCGGGCCUUUGCCAUGGAGGACAGAGAGGUGGCCCUGUACUGCCACGAGGUGGAUCGGUCGAGCUGGCUGAACGAGAAGCUGGGCAUGGGCAUCGCUGUCUUCCAGGGGCUGUCCAACGUGGUGUUGAACUGUAUCGUGCUGGGCACCAUCUUUGUGGGGGGAUCCCUCAUGGCUGGGGAGGAGCUCUCGCCUGGAGACCUCAUGUCCUUCAUGGUGGCUUCGCAGACAGUGCAAAGGUCCAUGGCCAACAUCUCCGUUCUGUUUGGACAGGUCGUGCGAGGCCUCAGCGCUGGAGCCCGUGUCUUUGAGUUCAUGACCCUGGAGCCAACCGUGUCCCUGUCUGGGGGGGACCAGAUCCCCAGCCACUCCCUGCUCGGCCACAUCUGCUUCCGGGACGUCUGCUUCAGUUACCCCACGCGCCCCGGCUGCCCAGUGCUGCGGAACUUCAGCCUCACCCUGCCCCCUCGCAAGACAGUGGCCAUCGUGGGCGAGUCGGGAGGAGGGAAGUCGACGGUGGCGGCACUGCUGGAGCGUUUCUAUGAGCCCAUGCAGGGGGCCAUCACACUGGACGGAUGUGAGCUCUGCACCCUGGACCCCUCGUGGCUACGGGGACAGGUCAUUGGCUUCAUCAGCCAGGAGCCUGCGCUCUUUGGAACGAGCAUCCUGGAGAACAUCCGCUUUGGAAAGCCCGACGCAUCCGACGCCGAGGUCUACGCCGCGGCCCAGCUGGCCAAUGCCGACAGCUUCAUCCGCAGCUUCCCCCAGGGCUAUGGCACCAUCGUGGGCGAGCGCGGCGUGAUGCUGUCGGGGGGCCAGAAGCAGCGCGUGGCCAUCGCCCGGGCCCUCCUCAAGAACCCGUCGGUGCUGAUCCUGGAUGAGGCCACGAGCGCGCUGGACACGGAGUCGGAGCAGCUGGUGCAGGAGGCGCUGGAGCGGGCCAUGGCUGGCCGCACCGUGCUGGUCAUCGCCCACCGCCUCAGCACCAUCCAGUGCGCCGACCUCAUCGUGGUGCUGGCCCGGGGCUGUGUGGCCGAGGCCGGGACCCACGCGGAGCUGCUGCGCCGGGGCGGGCUGUACGCUGAGCUCGUCCGCAGACAGGCCACGGAGCAGCCCUGA